AUGAGUGCCAAAGCGGAGGACCCCGUGGUGAAAGACUCUGCGAUGGAAGACACCGAGAAGGGCCCUGCGCCGCUCAAGGAGGCUCCGGCCGAGAUCGUGCCGCUGCAUACUCCACAGAAGGGUCGCUGGGAGCGCAGUUGGCCCACGAUCGCCUGUGGUGCUGGUCUCUUCUCUGAUGGGUAUCUGAAUGGGGUGAUCGGUCAAGUGAAUACGAUUCUGAGCACGCUCUACCCCAAGGCGUACAGUGACUCCCCCGCCAGCCAGAAUGUCUCUGCCAUCACCUUCGCGGGAACCGUAGUGGGUAUGCUGAUUUUUGGAUACACGAGUGACCACUGGUCGCGCAAGUGGUCUUUGAUCAUCUCGACAAUCAUUCUGUUUUUGUUCGCUGCCCUCUCUGCUGGUGCCUACGGAUACAAUGACAACAUCUAUGGUCUGUUUGCUGCUCUCACAGCCUACCGGUUCUUCCUCGGAAUCGGUAUUGGCGGCGAAUAUCCUGCUGGUUCUGUUGCAGCAUCGGAGAACACGGGCGAACUUAAGGAUGGCCAUCGCAAUCGCUGGUUCAUCAUGUUCACCAACUUCCAGAUUGAUCUCGCCUAUGUGGUGUCUGCGUUGAUACCGAUGAUCCUAGUUCUGAUUUUCACAGAGGAUCACCUGCGUGCUGUCUGGCGAGUGGCUCUGGGCCUCGGCGUCAUUCCACCACUGAGUCUAUUCUACUUGCGAUUGAAGAUGAGUGAGCCAGAGGAGUUUAACCAUGAGCGCAUGCACAAGUUCCCGAUCAAGCUGAUUGUCAAGUUCUACUGGAAGCGCCUGACACUCGUCUCGCUGAUCUGGUUCAUCUAUGAUUUCAUGGCUUAUUCCUUCAACAUCUAUUCCUCGAAGUGGUUGAGCAUCAUCUUGGGUGACAACUCCCCAAUGUGGAAGACGUUUGGCUGGAACACUGUCCUCAACCUGUUCUACAUCCCUGGUUCCUUCGCUGGAGCUUGGGCGAGUGACUGGAUCGGCCCGAAAAGGACCCUGGCCAUUGGAGUUGGUCUCCAAGGGAUUAUUGGGUUCAUCAUGGCAGGAUGCUACAAGUACCUUGCAACCCCAGAGAAUGUGGCUGCUUUUGUCGUUGUUCUCGGUAUCUUCCAGGCUCUCGGCGAGUUCGGUCCCGGCGACAACAUCGGCCUGGUUGCAUCGAAGACAAGCGCCACUGCCAUUCGUGGCCAGUACUACUCAUACGCCGCAGCCUCUGGCAAGAUUGGUGCUUUCGUGGGCACCUAUGUCAUUCCGAUCAUCCAGAAGAACGCGCCCAACAAGAUCCGCUCCGGCAUGGAUCCGUUCUUCGUGUCGAGCUCACUGUGCCUCCUCAGUUCUGCGCUGGCUUUCUUCCUGCUGCCGCAGAUUAACCAGGAUACCAUCACCGCCGAAGACGCCCGGUUCCGCGCUUUCUUGCAGGAAAGUGGCUACGACACCGCGACCAUGGGCAAUAAGAGAGAGAGCAGCUCCGAAGCGGAGGAGCGGAAGUAA